UUGGCUGAGAAAUCAGUCCGUCUCAUGUUGAGAGAGCUCGGCAUUUAGCCUUGAUACUGUAGACAGCAUAACUAAUAAACCUGAAUUGCUAAUACAGUGCUUUUGUUGUAUUAAACUUUUGAGGCGUUAAUGUCAAUUAAACCUAGGUUUAAAAAAUAUUAUUAUUGUCAUCUUCAACCUAGAGCGUAACCAGGAAGUGAGUGGGAGCGUGGAGUCGAGGGGAUCUUUGGUGUGGAGGAGUGCGCUUCUCAGUGAGUGAUUCUUGAUAAACACUUUCACUUGAAAGUCGCAGCUACAAUGUUUUCUUCAAAGUAGUCAUGGCCCACGGGAAGUCGCCUUCCAAGACCCGGGGAUUAUGAUAUUAGUGGUGUAAUGUCUUUGUCAGAAUGAGUAAGGAGAACCUCAGCGACUGGCCCCCUUCCCAGACCUCUACAGAGGAGGAAGAGGAGGAGGAAGAUGAUGGGGAGCCCAAGGUGUGUCAGGUGUGUGGAGAUCGGGCUACAGGCUAUCACUUCAACGCCAUGACAUGUGAGGGCUGCAAGGGAUUCUUCAGGCGUGCCAUGAAGCACCCCACUAAGUUCUGCUGCCCGCGGCAGGGUGUCUGUGUCAUCACCAAGAACAACCGCCGCCAGUGCCAGGCCUGUCGACUCCACAAAUGCCAGUCCAUAGGCAUGCUGAAAGAGUUGAUCAUGUCAAAGGAGGCUGUGGAGAAGAGGAGGAGUCAGAUCAGGAGGAACAGGAUGGUUGAAGAGCCCCCGGUCCUCUCGCCACAACAGGAAGCUGUCAUACAGGAACUGUUCAACGCCCAUGAAAAGACCUUCGACAUCACCUUUUCCCACUUCCAGUUCAGGCCCAUCGACAGAGAUCUCAACCCCAUGUCUGUGUGGAACCAGACUGCCAGUGGGCAAAGUGUAAAACAGACUAGAAGAAUGGAUAACUUGUCAUCAUCUUACUCCACAUCCACCUCCACCAGCUUCUCCUCUUCCUCCUGUUCUUUAGAGGAUGAGGAGAAGGACAGGAGUGAUGGAGGGAAGAAUACGGUUUUCACCACUCUGCCCGAUGUAGCUGACCUUACCACCAACAUGGAGGAGAAGGAGGAGGAGAAGAAGGAGGACAGGAGUGAUGGAGGGAAGAAUACGGUUUUCACCACUCUGCCCGAUGUAGCUGACCUUACCACCAACAUGGAGGAGAAGGAGGAGGAGAAGAAGGAGGACAGGAGUGAUGGGGGGAAGAAUACGGUUUUCACCACUCUGCCCCACAUAGCUGACCUCACCACCUACAUGAUCCAAAACAUCAUCAACUUUGCCAAAGGACUCCCCUCCUUCAGGGCCCUGGCCAUAGACGACCAGAUCUCUCUGUUGAAGGGGGCCAUGUUUGAGAUGAUGCAGAUCCGCUUCAACAUGAUGUUCAAUGUCAAGACGGGCAUCUGGGAGUGUGGUCCCCUGACGUACUGCAUGGACGACGCCGUCCGGGCUGGGUUUCAGCGCCACCUGUUGGACCCUCUGAUGCGGUUCCACUACACCCUGAGGAACCUACAGCUGCAGGAGGUGGAGUAUGUUCUCAUGCAGGCCAUCUCCCUCUUCUCUCCAGAUCGUCCGGGUGUGAUCAAUCAUGGUGUGAUUGAUAGUCUGCAGGAGAAGCUGGCUAUUGCGCUGAAGGUCCACAUCGACUCCAAGAGGGCCAAGCCUGAGAAACACCUGCUGUACCCUAAGAUUCUGGCGUGUCUGACGGAGAUGAGGACUAUGAAUGAGGAGUAUACCAAACAGGUUCUGCAGAUUCAGGACAUCCAGCCAGGCAACUCUUUUGACCCACUCAUCCUGGAGGUGGUCAGCAAGGACCCCUGAGACAGACACACCAAGACAGGCAGCAGCAGGGAUGCCUAAAUCACUUUCUGUCAGGUUUCAACAUGGACAUCUAGGGAGAAUCUCAAUUACAUGCUCCUUGUGUCCUCUCUCCUCGACUCCUUCUCAAAACCCAUUGGAUGAAAGAGCCAGAGGUCCCUCCCUUCCGACCUUCUCUUCCUAUGGUUUUUUGAGAAGGAGGCGAGAAGAAAGGACGCAAGGACUAUAUAAUUGAGAAAAGGACCUAAAUCACUUUCAGACAGGUUAAUCCACUUUCCUCAGCCCGAUAUACAGAACGGAUGCCUAGAUAAUUGUGACAGGCUUCAACAGAGACAUGUAAAACUGCCUAUGGGGUGAUUGAAUCAUUUUCCCUCUCAAGAAUGUAGCUUUUAUUUUAUUUUAUUCAAAAUAUAUCAAAAGAGCUAUACAUAGUUUUUUAACGUGUGCUUGCUUGUAUGUUUUUUUCUUUCAUCAUUCAAUUAUGCAUAUUGCCAACGCAAAAUGAUUGUCAGAGACUCAGACAAUUGUGUUUAAAGCACUAAUGCAAAAUCAUCGUAUACAGGACUGAACGAGGGGAUGUCCCCUAUGGUUCUACAGAGGUUUAAGGAGUGAUUUUGUUUUCUGUGAAAAACACUCUUUGGCUGCUGUAUUUCCUAAAGCUGGUCAAGUGCCUCCUUAAGUGUGAGACAAAAUCAAUCUUGUACAUAUCAAUUUAUCCUCAUCACAGACAUGUCACAGGUGAAAAGAACAGUGCAAUUAGAAUCUACAUGCGAUAUACAUCAUCUUAAAUGUAUUGUUAACGUUACAAAUGAUGCAGGUACCUGUAUUCUGUGUUUUAGUGUAUUUGUGUUUUUGCCUUGUUACGUGAAUGUUUGGUUGUUUUUUUCUAGACAUGUACAGACAUGUGUUUGACUGCGUGAGCGUUGGGUCAUGGUUGUCAUUGGUGUUUUCUGCCUUAAAUAUGUAUCUUUCUGUGUGCUGUAACACUAGUAGACACACAGGACCUCCAUGGCUAGAACUUUAUGACCUUUGAACUUUGUUUUGACCUACUAGUCCUAUGAGCUCAGGUCUACAAUUCCUUAGGCUUUCCUCCUUCUAUUAGUGUACGGUCACUCAAAGAUUUGGUGUCUGAAAUGUAUGGAUUGAGACAAUAGUUUUUCAAUGGACGUCAUUAGAUAAUGCAGCCUGGUCUCGUAGACUAACAUAUUAAAAGCAAAUACGGGACACUCAAAUGACGAUGAUUACAUUUGGUAUGGUUACAUAAGACAGAUGGAUACUUCAGGCAAAAACAAAAGUAGGGUGAUUGGUGUAUUUCGUAAAAGUCUAGUAACCCAAAGGUUGAGAGUUCGAAUCUCAUCACGGACAAUUUUAGCUAAUUAUCAACCUUUCAACUACUUACUACUUUUUAGCUACUAUGCAACUACUUAGCAUGUUAGCUAACCCUUCCCCUAUCCCUAAUCUUAACCCUUCCCCUAACCCUUUAACCUAACUCAUAAACUUAACCCUAACACCUAGCCUAGCUAAUAUUAGCCAGCUAGCUAAUGUUACCUACCUAGAAUUCGUAACAUAUUGUAAAGCAUGCAAAUUCGCAGCACAUUGUACGUUUUUCUAAUUUGUAACAUAUUAUACGAAAUGGGUGAUGGACAACCACAAAUGAAUACAUAUCAUGCUAAAUGGCGUGUCUCAGAUUUAUGUACAGAAUAAUAGGAAAUACUUUGCGACCAGGUUGGAUAAUGGACGAUAAUCUGUAAAAAAAAAAAAAAAAACACACAAGAUGUCUGCCUUGCAUGUGUAUGUAACUCAUCCAGAAAACAGUUGAGUAGAAUGGUGAAUGCAUUUGCAUUUUCAUGUCUCAACUGAAAAUCUAACUUUUAAAAGUUCAUAUUCUGUUAACUCAUGCGUCAUACCCAAAUAAUGUUGUUGACUCAUCCUAUACAAAGCAUAAAUUGGAGAAAAACUCUUCAAACACCCCACCUCAAACUUGUAUCUCAAACAGUGUUUGUUUGAGGUGGUCCUAUGUGUCUCAGUCAAUAGAGUAUGGUGUUUACAAGGGUUGUGGGUUUGAUUCCCGCUGGGGCCACCCAUAUGUAAAAUGUAUGCACGCAUGACCGUAAGUCGCUUUCGAUUAAAAUGUCUGCUGAAUUAUUAUAUUAUCAGCAGUCUACUCACAUGCACUUUCUGCAUGACCGGUCUACGCCCACUCCAUUCCAACACAGAAAAUAUGCUUUUUAACGUAAGUAAUUACCAUUUUUGGGAAAGAAAACAAUUCACUCAUUGUAAUUAAUUAUAGGUCAUAUUUCAUAGAAAUCUGGAAACACUGGACAGUUAUUUUAAGUUCUUUUGUAUGUUAAAAUAAAAGUUAUACAUUUAAA